AUGCCGCAAAACCAGUACAGCUAUCACAAACUCAUGCGUAAGCUUGUGCGCUGCGCUGCGCUACCGAUAGGCUUCGGCUGGAUCCGAAUGGACGUCCCGCUCCUUUCUGACGCUGAUCUGAUACUCUACGUCGGUUUGAAGACUGUGCUGGAGGCGAGAAGAUCCGCAAGUGCGAGUUGUCUUGACGGUCCUGCUGGAUGUUUUACUACGUUCCUCCUCAACGCGAUGAACCCUGACGACAAAAUGUUUGAGCCCAAUCGCCACUGCGACAAUACCCUUAGUCAGUCAACCCCCGUCCCGACCUUUGCAGCCGAUCAAGAAGAGUCUAUGCUGAGGUUGAGCCAGCUCAGACUGAGCGCGACUGGAUCUCUUCCCCAGCAACUGCCUCCGCCUGAACUUUCCUGGCCCGAGGGAGAUCUCGGAUUCCACCACGAAUGGUCUCUGCCGUCCUCUACUGCCCCUAAUGUCAGCAGUGGGAGCACGAUAACAGAAUCCUCAUGCCAUAGCCUCGACCUCAACGCCGACCGGUACAAAUGGCCCUCAUUUCCCAGUUGGAACAUGAAUGCACCUGUUCUGAACGGCUAUGAUGCUACGUCCCUUUACCAGCCUACCAUCGUUCCUGAGACUGGCUUCUGUCCCGGCGGCCAGGCACUGCCAAGCCUUGCCUCGAGUCAGGCUCGUCCACCUAGCCUCAGCCUCGACCUGGGUCUCGGCCAGGAUUUCAAUCGAAUUUCGGCCUGUCACUACACUCAGCCGCUUCUUGCGCUUCAGCCCCACAGAUUGUGCCAGCUCAACAUCCCUAAUCAAACUCCUUCUGGAACCAGCUGCCUUCGUACAAGUCUUGAUACUCAGACUCCCACUCAACCCGCAGCCCUGGCAACCUCUGCGAUGGCAACGUCUCAGAGCACGAUGUCUUUGGCUGCUUCGCGCAACUUGCUCUCUACAGUGCCCGAUCGAUUCGGAAUGUCCGACUGCUCUCACCAGGCUAACAAUCGCAAUGAACUGCAUCAAAGACACCCCGGCUCUAUUCAGCAACCGUCGGGCUUGGAUCAGCAAUGUUUCGAUCAGAGGUCUGCUCAGUUCGCUCACCCCGAGCAUGGAUCCAGGUCGGGAUACGGUGAUCGAGCGGAACGACCUCAGGGAUCGUCGCCAUUCAACCAAAAGACGGAGGAGUACAAGUCGGAGCUGUGUCGCAACUGGGAGGAAAAGGGUUCCUACUAUUACCGAUCACGAUGCCAAUUUGCACACGGGGAGCACGAGCUGCGCAAAGUGGAACGCAAUCCCCGAUGGAAGUCCCGACUUUGCAAGCGAUACCAGCUCUUCAUUCACGACCCGAACUCUAAACCGGAGCAAGUUGCGUCAAUCAACCGAGCUCGACGAAGCUCACUUCUGCAGAGGGUCGGCAUCGUGCCUUCCCCCUCCAACAACUAG